AGAAUGUCAGUUACCAGGCGUCUUCGUCUAGACGAUAUCGUCGCGUCGAUCCCAGAAUUGGGUCCCACCAUCCCAGAUGGUGGUUAUUCAUGGAUUGUCCUUUGUGGAGUGCUUCUGGUCCAGAUGACCAUUCCUAGUAUAUUGUCUAUGUAUGGAGUGAUAUUAGGAUACAUAAAUGAAAGCAAAGACAGUGACGUGGAUAUAUGGAGCGAGAAAAUUAUCCUUGCGCCCAUAAUCUUCACAGCUUUUUGGAACUUAGCUGAUCCCUGGACAAAAAUGAUCGUGAACAUGGCAUCAACGCCACGCCUAGUUGGCAUAAUAGGAGUAAUUCUUUUGGCAGUUGGGAUCAUAGCAACUGGCUAUCUCGCGACUGGCGGAGUUGGUGCAUAUUUAGCUAGUUCAAGCGCAGGUGCAGUAAUGGGUAUAGGCGCCAGCUUUGUGGUCCUACUAAGUGAUUACGUUUUACGGAAGAACUUCAGAAAGAAGUUGCUCUUAGCUUUAACACUGAGAAACAUUGCAACGUCCGUCGGUCUCAUACUAAUUCCGAAUAUCACGGGUUUGCUGUUGCACAAGACUGACUUAAAAACUGGCCUACUACUGAUGACCCUGAUACUUGUACCUGCAGUUCUUGGCACUUCAACUUUCCGCUUGCCUUCUCCGCAACGAACUUUGCCUUACAGUCUCCUUUUAACUGAAGAGGACAACGAACUCCCGAUAAGAAUCUCUCCGGAUGUUCCUGGGAGUACCCAACAUGCAGGUGGUCAGCACGAGUCAGAGAAUCUGGAAUAUGAUGACGCUGAAGAGAGAACACAAGAGGGAGGAUUGUUCAGUGAAGGAAGUAAUAUGUAUGCUUACGAAGAGCUAGAUGAGGACGUAGAUCUAUUUGAGAAUCCAGCUGUUCACUCAGACAGCCCGUGGAAGCAACAAAUUCGCCCCCUUAAAAACUUCCGGUUUUGGGCUGCUAUGAUGGGAAGUGUAGGAGUGAAAACGUCUAUUCUUUUCUUUUGGAUUUUGUUACCCGUUUUAUCGUUCGGGGUCACAAGAAGCUAUUCCAUGUACAUACCACUGUGCACCAUGGCCGGUUUUGGCACUUUGUUACCAAAUCUUGCCAGUUACAAAGUGUUGAAAAUGACAAAUCACAACAGAAGGAUAUACUUUGGACUAGCAGCUUGGCUUUGUGCAAUUACUUUAACAGGUUUAACAUAUGUUGGAAAUUAUACGGGCAUUAUGAUAUUGGCCCUGUUAGGUGGUGUCAGUAUUGGCAGUUUGUCAAGCUGUCAGGAUUUAGCUUUGUAUGAUGUUCUUGGUUCUCAAAUGAUGCGUUCAGUUAACAAGGGAUUCUCAACUAUCGUCGGUCUGUCUAUACUGAUCUUCAGUUUUAUACACGAUGUAAAUUUCUGCCUGAACAUUACGUCGCUCUUGUUAUAUUUCGGUGGAGUUUAUUGGCUCUCGUCGCCUGUUUUGAGUUUCUUGAAAACCAGGCAAUACAGAUCAUCUCAUACGUCGAACAGAACGAGCGGGGACACGACGUAAUUCACACACAAAAUUCUACAGCCACAGUAUUGCUAAAAACAUGGACUUUACAAUAUAUACCUUAAUUUAACGGUAUUUACAAGUAUUUAUAUAUCUAUCACAAUAAUCUAUUUCCACAGAUCCAUCUAAAAAUAAAAAAUAGUAAUAAAGUCGUAAAAACAGAUAUGUCUUAGAAAUUAAAAAAAUAUG